CAGCAGGAAUAAGUCAAAUCAAGAAUCUUUUUUGAUCCAAUGGAUGGUUUGAGUGGCUUCAUCUGGUAACUAAAGAAUAAUGAGAUUGAUCGCCCAACCACCAAGUGCUUAUGUUCCCACCUUUUCAAUUGCAUAAACACAUCAUUUCCAUCCAUUAAUUACCCAUCUGAAGAUCUGAAAACCAGCAAACUUGGGAUUCAAGGCCUUUGCCUUUGAAACAUCUUCUCAAAUCGACCAUGGUUCACUGCAAUUAUGGACACUGCUAUUGUGGAAGAUGCCAUCGCCCCUCGGCUCCUCUACCGUACUCGGUUCUGCUGUUCUUGGCUCUGGCAUUGAUGCUUCUUGCCUUGUCCUCUUUAAUCAAAUUUGAGAUCGAUAUGGAAAGUGCUGAGGCGAGUAUGACUUGGCUUGUUUUGAUCGCAGUUUUGGCAAUUUUGGUCAUUGUUCGUUGGUUGUCGGCGGAUUCUUGCCGCCGUCCUCAUUAUUGCGGUUGUGGAAAAUGUUUCACAAUGAAGUAUUGCUAUUGAAUCUAUAUUUUCUCAUCCCUGGUUUGUCUAAUAAUCCUAUAUGUUAUGAGUUCCAAUGUCUUUGAUAAAUUUUUGCAUCUUCAGAGUAAACCAGUUUCCUUUUCAUUCAUAGAACAAUAUAUAUAUAUAUAUAUAGCCAUCUGAAAGACUGAUCAAAUAAUUGGGAUGAUGAAAUGUUGUUAUGAAACCAGAAUGCCUGGGUUCCCAGAGCCCUGAUUUUUUCCAUGGAUGCUUUUUUUCCCCUCCCAAUACGAUGAUGGAUGGACCGAAGAGGUAUCGGUAGAAGCAAUCGUUCCUUCUAAAAAUUUUAAAUUCUUAUAUAAUUUAAUUUUUUUUAUUUUUUAUUGAAAUUCUGUUCACGUGCCCUUAGAAUUUUAUGUUGUAACCAAAACCCUUUGUUUCGAUUUCUGUCUAUCCCAUGCUGA